CUUUAAUCGCUGUAAUCAUUAUUCUCCUGGCCUCUUGUCCUCUUGUUCUCCGGUCCUCCUGUCCCUCACAUUUCAUGUCCUCAAAACUUACCCCGCGGUCGCUUAUCCGUUUCCUGCAAUCAAACCGUAGUCCACUAACACAUCUUUAUCCUCGGUCACCUACAAGUCGGCAUUUGGUGCCUUCGCACAGAUAUAGCAAGGCUCAGUCUUCCCUGAUCGUACCGUACUCAUCUUCAAGGUCGUUCCAUCAGACCUCUGUCAUCAUGGCCCAGGAAUUCAAGUUAAAGUCCCCUUCCACUCUGUCAGAUCUCAAGGAGCUCGACAAAGUCGAAGCAGAAGUAGAGGGUAUCGAAGGUGGUAAGGUGUUGUUGGUCAAGGUCAAUGGCAAAAUCUCUGCUGUCAAUGCCAAUUGCACACAUUACGGUGCGCCAUUGAAGAACGGGGUCCUGACCCCGGAAGGGCGGUUGACAUGUCCCUGGCAUGGAGCAUGUUUCAAUGUCCACUCUGGCGAUGUGGAAGACUCUCCAGGCCCAAAUGCUCUCAAUACCUUCAGCGUCGAGGAGAAGAAUGGUGCAGUUUAUAUCAAAGGCAAAGAGGCGGAUGUCAAGAAAGGAAGCAGACAAGUGAACAUCAAGACCAAACCUACCUCAGAUGACAAAGUGGUCAUCGUCGGAGCAGGCUCAGGCACUUUCGGUGCUCUGCUUAAACUGCGUGAACGAGGCUAUCCUGGCCAAAUCACUGUCAUCACCAAUGAAGGUUUACCAAUUGAUCGGACCAAGCUAUCCAAGGCUUUGAUCACUGAUGCUUCGAAAAUCUACCUACAACCCGGAGAAUGGUAUGCUGAUGGAAGCAUCACUUUCGAAAAUGAUACCGCCACAGCAAUCGAUUUCUCCUCCAAGGAGGUCAAGACCAAGACUGGCAAAUCUUAUCCAUAUACGAAAUUGAUUCUUGCCACUGGUGGGACCCCGAGACAACUGCCAUUACCUGGUUUCAAAGAUCUGUCCAACAUUUUCCUUCUCCGACAAGUCAGCGACACCCAAAAAAUCAUGGAUGCUGUUGGCGACAAGGGCAAGAAGAUUGUCGUUGUUGGAUCUAGCUUCAUUGGCAUGGAGGUCGCCAAUGCUCUAGCAAAGGAGAAUUCGGUAUCCAUCGUUGGUAUGGAAGCGGCUCCUCUGGAACGAGUCAUGGGCAAGGAAGUCGGUCAAAUUUUCCAAAAGGCUCUCGAGAAGAAUGGAGCUAAAUUUUACCUGAACGCAAGUGUUGAUUCCGCUGUCCCCGCAUCCAAAGUCGCCAAUGCGGUAGGCUUGAGCUCAGUGGGAGCAGUCAAGCUCAAGGAUGGGACCGAGCUGGAGGCUGACCUGGUCAUACUCGGCAUCGGGGUUGCCCCAGCCACGGAAUACCUCAAAGACAACUCGUCCAUUACGUUGGAAAAGGAUGGAAGCAUAGCGGUGGACGAGCAAUUUUCAGUCAAGGGACUUUCGGAUGUGUGGGCAAUUGGAGACAUUGCCACCUAUCCCUACCAUGGUCCUGGUGGAGGGGGCAAUCCAGUGAGGAUCGAGCAUUGGAACGUGGCUCAGAACCAGGGACGAAGUGUAGGCCAACAGAUCGCCCAACCUGGCAGCAAGCAGAAGCCAUUUAUUCCCAUCUUCUGGUCAGCACUGGGAACACAAUUGCGCUAUUGCGGAAACACCGUGGGAGGCUACGAUGAUAUGAUUUUGAAAGGGGAGCCGGAGAACAGCAAGUUUGUUGCGUACUACACCAAAGGGGAUGAGGUUGUCGCGGUUGCCAGCAUGCAACAAGACCCGGUAGUGAUGAAGACGGCGGAGUUGAUGCGGAAGGGCAAGAUGUUGAGCAAGCAGGACAUCCAGGGAGAUGGCGAUGUGUUGCAAGCGAAUUUAUGA